ACCGAGUGCUUCAACUUCAUCCGGGUCCUGGUGGCUCUGAACCGCACCCACCUGUACGCGUGCGGCACCAACGCCUUCAGCCCCGCCUGCACCCACAUCCUCCUGGACAACUCCUCCCUGCCGUGGGUCGCAGUGGGGCAGCGCGAUGGAAAGGGGCAGAGCCCCUUUGACCCCCAGCAUUCCCACACUGCGCUGCUGGACGGUGGGGAGCUGUACGCAGCCACAGCCAACAACUUCCACGGCACGGAGCCCAUCGUCUCGCGCUCGCUGGGCGCCCGAACCGCGCUCAAAACCGACGCCUUCCUGCGCUGGCUGGCAGACGACGCCACCUUCGUGGCCUCGGCCGCCCCCCCCGACGACGACCAGGUUUAUUUCUUCUUCGAGGAGACGGCGCUCGAGUUCCGCUGCGUGCAGCGCCUGCGGCUGCCGAGGGUGGCGCGCGUGUGCAAGAGCGACGUGGGGGGGGGACAAAGUGCUGCAGAAGCGCUGGACCACCUUCCUGAAGGCGCCGCUGCGCUGCUCGCUGUCCGCCCGCUUCCCCGCCGAGCGAAUCCGGCACGUCGCCGCCGCCCCCCCCGCCGCCGGCACCGAGCGCGGCGCCGAGUUCUACGGCGUGUUCAACGAGCCGGGGCCCCCCGGCGGCUCGGCGCUCUGCUCGUUCAGCCGCGCUGCGCUGCGGGCGGCGUUCGAGGGCCGCUUCCUGGAACGGGAGAAGGACAGCGCGGCGUGGAGCGUCCGCAGCGCCCCCAGCGGCGAGGCCAGGCCUGGCAGCUGCUCCGUUGGCCCAUCGUCCGACCAGGCGCUGACGUUCAUGAAGGACCAUUUCCUGAUGGAGACCCCGGUGCCCCCCGCCCACGGCCGCCCUCUGCUGCUGAGCCCCAACGUCUCCUACACCCACAUCGCCGUGCACCAAACCCACGGCAUCGGCGGCACCCCGUACCGAGUGCUGUUCAUGGCCACCGUGCGUCCCUAUGGGGCGGUGGCUCUGUGGGGUGGCCGGUCCCUAUGGGGCAGCGGUGCCAUGCUGCGCCCCCCAGCCGAGGGCGCGGUGCACAAGGCGGUGGAGCUGGCAGGCGGCCGCGCGCUGGUGGUGGAGAGCAUCCGUGUGUUUGAGGAGCCACAGAGCGUCAGCUGCGUCCUGCUGUCAGCCAGCAAGGCUGUGUUGUACCUGGGCCAUGCCGGUGGGCUGCUGGCAGUGCCGCUCUCCAACUGCAGCCAGCACCGCAGCUGCACCCAGUGCAUCCUGGCCAGGGACCCCGAUUGCGCGUGGAGCAGCAGCAGCGGGCGGUGCGAGAGCCUGCGGGCCAACGGCGGGGAGCGGGGAGCGGCGCCCAGCCUGAGGCGGAGCCUCACGUGGCUGCAGGAUGUGGAGGGAGGCGACGCCAGGAGCCGCUGCCAGCGCGGGAGGAGCGGGGGGGCGGAAAUGGAGGCGGAAAUGGAGGCGGAAAUGGAGCUGACGCUGCGCCCCGCCGCUCACAGCGUGCUGCGGCUGCCGUGCCCGCGGCGCUCCGCCUGGGCGGCGUACAGCUGGGAGCGGCCGGCCGGCGCCGGGGACGCGGAGCUGCUGCCGGACCUGACGCUGCUGCUGGUCGCCCAGCGCCGCUCCGUCGGCUCCUACGUCUGCUGGGCCACCGAGAACGGCGUCCGCUGGGCCGCGGCUCGGUACCGCCUGCUGGAGCCCGACGGGGGCGGCCGGGGGAGCGAGGAGGGGGCGACGGCCCCCCCGGGACCCCCCCCGCACGGCUCCUACUGGCCGCAGUUGGUGGCCGUGGCCGCGCUGCUGGCUUUGACGCUGCCGGCGGCCGUCGGGUUGGGGUUGGUGGCUUUUAGGGCGCGGGGCAAAGCGGGGGGGUGCGCGGGGGGGGUGGAGAAAACCCCCCUGAAUGGGGAGGGGGGCGUGGGGGGGGAGAGGGGCUGCGUGCAGAUGGACGGAGGGAGCGGCGGUGAGUCCGGAGGGGUGCGAGGAGAAAUGGGGCAGAUGGGGCCGCGGUGGGGCUGAGGAUGGGGGGAGGUUUGGUUUUUUGGGGAGAGGGAUUGGUGAAUUUAAUGCAGCGUUAUGGGGGGGACCCCAUAGCAGUGCCGGCCCCACCGCAGUGCUGUGCUCACCCCAUAGCAGUGCCGACCCCACUGCAGUGCUGUGCUCACCCCAUAGCAGUGCCGGCCCCACUGCAGUGCUGUGCUCACCCCAUAGCAGUGCCGACCCCACUGCAGUGCUGUGCUCACCCCAUAGCAGUGCCGACCCCACUGCAGUGCUGUGCUCACCCCAUAGCAGUGCCCGCACACAUCACUGCUCACACACCGACUGCUGCCUUUUGUACCCAUGGUUUUAUACAAUAAACCUCUCCAAUGUGGGGGAUCUGUGGGGUGUCUGUGGGGUGUCUAUGGGAUACCUAUGGGGUACCCGUGGUUUUGUUGGGCAGAACCCCAGAGCCACCCUGCUCCAUGGGGUAUCCAUGGGGUAUCUAUGGGAUACACGCCUUGCUGUGGGGCGGAAGCUUUGUAGCCGCCCUGUUCUUUGGGGUAUGUAUGGGGUAUCUGUGGGGCAUUUAUGGGGUCUAUGGGGUAUCUGUGGGGCAC